UAUGGCUGUUGAGUGAUGGCAUUUAUGUCUGACACAUGCUUUUUCGAAUUUUGGGUAGGCGAUGGGUCCGUCCGGAUAUGGAAAAACUAUGCAACAAAGGGUAAACAAAAGCUUGUUACUGGGUUUUCUUCAAUCCAGGGUCAGAAGCCCGGUGCACGUGACUUGAACGCAGUCGUGGACUGGCAACAACAGUCUGGUUACCUGUAUGCUUCUGGGGAGGUGUCAACGGUCACACUUUGGGACCUGGAGAAAGAACAGCUUGUCAGAUCUAUUCCAUCUGAUUCGGAGUGUGGAGUUACAGCACUUUCCGCUUCUCAAGUGCACGGGGGUCAACUUGCUGCUGGUUUUGCCGAUGGGUCUUUGAGACUCUAUGAUGUUCGAUCACCUGAACCGCUUGUCUGCGCGACUCGGCCUCAUCAGAAAGUUGAAAGGGUGGUUGGACUCAGUUUUCAGCCUGGACUUGACCCCGCAAAGGUGGUGAGUGCAUCACAGGCCGGUGACAUACAGUUUCUUGACCUUAGAGUAACAAGGGACACAUACCUCACAAUUGAUGCACACAGGGGUUCACUCACGGCCUUAGCUGUUCACAGACACGCUCCAAUCAUCGCGAGCGGAUCUGCAAAACAGCUCAUUAAAGUGUUCAGCCUUCAAGGGGAACAACUAGGGAUAAUCCGAUACUACCCGUCCUUCAUGGCACAGAAGAUUGGUUCAGUGAGUUGCCUCACAUUUCAUCCGUACCAGGUCCUGCUAGCAGCUGGAGCUGCUGACUCAUUCGUCUCCAUAUACACCCACGACAACACUCAAGCAAGAUGAGUCGCAACCGUAAGUGAAUAUGUUGCAAUUUGCAUUUGCUCUUGUGAUAAAAAGAAAAGCAUAAAAAAAAAUCAGUGCAGGUCGGGUGGGUUUUGUGUCGGGUAAAGUGGGUGUGGUUUAUAUAGUAUUCGUUAGCCUCCGUCGAAAAGAAGAUCUAAGUUAACACAUUAAAAAAGAAGGGAGGCUUCAGCAAAUAAGAAGUUCUUGUCUCUAGCUAUGCAACAACGCACGUAAAUGGUGUCUGUAAAUAGUUUCCCUGUUUUGCUUUUCAUUUUCUCAUCUCUUGGGUGUGUGAUUUGCUUUUCAUUAAUCUUUAUUUAAGUCUUUUCGUUUCCUAAUUUGUUUCAUGUGUAAAAAAAUGGAAAAAUUAAUGGUGGAAAUUUUUUUUGCA